AUGCCUCGAAGUUCUAAACUUGCCAAGAAAGGAAACCCCAAAGCAAAGGCGAGCCCAGUUGCCAACAAGCCCAGUUCCCCUGCAACCGCAAAGACCGAGGACCCCGCCGAGAAGCCCACGAAAACCCCGAAAUCCACGCCGCCAGCAGCCACGACCAAGGAAAGCCCGGUCAAUAAGAAGGCCAGAACCACGAGCCCCGACAAGAAUCAGAAGAAGACCCGUGGCAGGAGCCCGCCUAGCGACAGCCACGAAAAGAGCCCCAAGAAGGCCCGUGCCGCACACAGCCCCAAGAAGCCCAGCGCAAGCAGCCCCAAAAAAGGCCCCAAGAAGGCCCCCGAAGGUGCCGACAACAGCUCCGAGAAGUCCCGUGCAGAGACCCCCAAGACGAGUGGAGAGAACGCUGACAGCAAGAAGUCCGAGAAGGAUCCCACUGCAGUUGAGAAGAAGAGGCAGGCACACAAGCUUUACAUGAGAUUCUGGCGAUCGGUCAAUGAAUGCAAGACGAAAAUGACAACCCUCUACGAGGAUUUCACACAGUGUCAGGGAAAGUGGCAGAACUCGUAUAUCAUGAAGACGAUCAGACAGAAGCACAAGAAUGGAAAGCGAGCCGCCAGACGCUGGCUCACCAAAGCCCAGCUAAAGGCCCACUUCAAUGAUGAUAGUGUGGUAGACGCCAUCAUAAUCAGGAAGGAGACGGACAAAGAAAUUUCAGAGAAAGAGAUCCGGGACCACCCCGAUCUCCCAGGCCUCAAGCAAUACCUUGUUUUGGUCGAAGACGAGGAGGUGGACGAAAGCACUGACGAAAUCGAAGAGCUUUUCUGCAUGCAUCAAAAGCACGGCAGCGAUUCCAGCUCGGAUGGCUCGCAGGAUGGCAGCAAUGAUGAUUCCAGCAGCAGUGCUUCUGCAAAGAAAAAGAAGGACAAGAAGCAAAAGAAGGACAAGAAAAGCAAGAAAGACAAAAGCAAGACGCCUAAGAAGAAGGGCAAGGGCAAGCCGAGGAAGGGGAAGCACCCCAAACUCAACAGAACGGAGACACAGGAGGACUUGGACAAGGAGCAAAGCCGCAAGGUUGAGCAGGAGGGAAAGAAGGUCAUCAACAUCCUGAACCGCAAGAUCAAAGAAGCAACCGCAAAGAUCGAGUCCCCGGAAGUCAGCUCAUUGACCGAGCUUGUCCGGGAUGCCUUGAAGAAGGACCUCCAGGCUGUCGUGAAGAGGCUGACCUCAGCCCGUACCCAGUUGCAGUCUGCUUUGGACUCGGUUCAGGACGACCGGAUCUCCCAGAAGACGACGGCUGCCAAGGAGAUUUUGGACCAAGCCGAGGGAUCUCUUACAGUUGGGGUCAAGAAGAAGACUGAGAAGAAGGGUGGAGACUAG